AUGACCAAGAACCGUUCAUCUCUUUCCUUGAUUGGUAUUGGCGCUAAAGCUUCCAAUAAAUCUAAAGGUGUUGUUAACGUCACACUUAGUCCACAGUUUGAAUCUGAUUUUGAAUGUACUGUCAAUGCUUACGUACUGGUUCACCUCACAUCAUUCAUUCCGUCAACGCAUGCUGAUCAAACUUGGUGGCCACACUUGGAUGGAUUACAAUUAGCUGACCCUGAAUUCGCUAGACCUGGAUCGAUUGACCUCAUCUUAGGUGCAGAUGCCUACGGAAUCAUUCUACAAGAUGGAUUGAUUAAAGGUUCUCCAGACACUCCGAUAGCUCAGCAUACGGUAUUUGGAUUGAUAAUAUCGGGCCCUACUGGUCUUCCCAUGCACCACGAGAGGGCCUUGAGCUCUCACGUGGGGAUGGAGGAGGAUAUAUGCCUGAUUCUUAAGAAAUUCUGGGAAUUAGAUGAAGUACCGGCUUCAAAAGAUAGAUCCUUAAUUCCAGAGGAUCAAGAAUGUGAGAGUCAUUUCCAGAGCACAUAUUCUAGAGACCCACAGGGUAGAUAUAUAGUAAGACUUCCAUUCAAGAAAUCCACUACGCACUUAGGAAACUCGAAGAAACGGGCCACUUGCCUCGUUCAUAAAUUGAAUCAACGUUUCAAAUUGAAUCCUACCUACUCUAAAAUGUAUUCGGAUUUCAAUGACGAAUACGCAUCAUUACAACACAUGGAAUUAGUACCGGAUACCUCGACAGAACUAUCUCCUGCAUUUUAUUUACCUCAUCACGGAGUCUUGCGGGAGACUAGUCUAACUACAAAGUUGCGAGUAGUAUUUAAUGGCUCUAGUAAAAGUACCUCAGGUUUUUCAUUAAACGACUUACUUUAUGUUGGUCCUAAAUUGCAAACUGACCUUCUAGACGUUCUGAUAUGGUUCCGACAGUUCCGUUACGUAUUCGCCUCUGACAUACAAAAAAUGUUUAGACAGAUAAAGGUCCAUCCAGCGGACUGGAGAUACCAACGCAUUUUAUGGAUCAAUGACACAAAUCAGUUAGUGACAUACCAAUUGACUACUGUGACUUAUGGCACGGCGUGUGCCCCUUACUUAGCAUUGCGGGUAAUUUCUCAACUAAUAAUAGAUGAAGGUAUUCGAUUUCCUUUGGCAGUUCCCACGCUUACUCAAGGUCGCUACGUAGACGACCUCUUUGGAGGUAGCGAUACAAUUGAAGAAACGCAAGCCGUUAUCCAACAAGUAAAUCAGCUUUGCACGGCGGGCGGCUUUCAUUUACAGAAGUGGACUAGUAAUCAUCCAGACAUUCUAAGCUUAAUUCCUGAAAAGGAUUGA